GGUCACCAAAGAACAUCACAAAAAAUCCUUCUUGAUUCAAAAUUACCUCGCAAUAAUCAUGAACUACCGUAUAUUACCUUCAGUAUUAUGAACUAACUAAUACUGCUCGAGGAUUUACCUGAACUGUGGACAAUGUGCAGUCGGAGGAAUAAGCCAGUUUUCCAAGCCUUUGUAUUCCUUGGUCUUGUGGGUUCUCUAGGAUAUUUCUUAUAUUUGUACAACACAUUAACCGUCAAACUAGAUCGAUAUGAAAGACAAAUAAAUAGAUACGUUAAGCAUCAAAAAUCUCUAUCAUCACAGCUCCAAGUUGUUUAUGAACACAGAGCAAGGCUAGAGAAGUCAUUUGAAAAGGAAAAAGUUGAUCACAAGAAAACUAAAGAAGAACUUGAAGACUCCAAAAGAAGUUUCUAUGUAAACAUCACAAGAACCAGGCAUGAAACACUUAACAGAUUCAACUCAUUAGAGACACAGCACAGAAUGGUUAAGGCCAAACAUGAGCAGCUACAAGUAGAAUACAACAGACUACAGCAGCAACAUUCACGGUUAAGUGCAGAACACAUAGCAGUCCAUAACCAACAGGUCAAUGCCUUUAAUUCCAUGAGAAGCCAAAAAGAAAAUGAAGUAUUAGGGCUUGAAGCUCAAGUCAAUACUUUAAAGAGACAGGUUGGAACAUGGAAGCGUCAAUACAGCACUCAGCACGAAGAGGCUGAAUACUAUAAGGGCUUGCACGAAAGUGCGCAAAAAGAAGUAGAAAGGUAUAGAGCAACAGUGUUAGGACUCCAUGAAAAAAUGAAGAAACAUCAAUCACUUUUUGGAACCGUCUUGAAUACCAACAAAUUUUCUGGAAUAAAUGAUCUCACGAAAAUUGUUCAAAAUAAAAUUCCCCGUGGUCAUGUAGUGGGCAAUCCUGACGCCAUACCUGGCCACACCCAGGUUACCAUGGCGACAAGAGUUCCAUUAAAACGCAAUGAAAGGACCGCCGAGCAGGUCCAUGAAGAUGUCGAUAAAAGAAAGAUAGGUAACGCUGGAAAAGAAAAUGAAGAAGCAGCUGAUGAUAGUGAUGAAGAUAACGAGGACCCAAGACAAAAAGCUGCUCAGGUUCCUGUAACAAUAGCACAAGCAACUACUCCACCCCCAGUCUAUGUGCCACCCGGUGAACCAUUACCUGACGGAGCUCGCCCAGAUAUUUUUAGACGGCACCAGAACCGCAUACAGGAGACGAAGGACAGGCCACACGAGUCACAAACCAUGCCCAUUGUGUUACAAGACAGUACAACCAUGGAAUCGUUAGCUGUGUUACUCGCCACAACAGCAAAACCUCACCAAGUGGUUCCCAAGCCUCUCACGACUAAAAGACACGAGCAGGUAAGGCAAGCUCCACUGGGGGAAUCGGAAGGAGAAUCGAAGGCAGACAACGAAGGGGAACAAGAAACUGAAGAACAAAAAGUACAGAGGUAUUUGAGUCACAAUGCUGGAAAUGCAGGUAACUCUCAUCGCCUGCAGCAACAACAGCAGCAACAACAGCAGCAACAACAGCAGCAACAACAGCAGCAACAACAGCAGCAACAACAGCAACAACAGCAAAAUCAUGAGCAACGACAGCAUCAACAACAACAGCAGCAUCAACAGCAGCAGCAGCAACGACAGCAACAAGAACUGCAGCAGCAAAGGGAGCAGCAGCCACAACAGCAGCGACAGGAACAACAGCAGCGGGAACAAAAUCCCGAUAGAUCCGAUAGAAAGGCUAGAGACGUCCAUAAAAAUGCAGGCAUGAGGCAUGAGGAACAAUUCAGAAGACCAAUACCCAGGCCUGGUGGACGAGAGAAGAAAAAGAUUGGCGGAGAAGAUAGUGAGAACGUUGAGCCGCAAGAUGAUGGAAAUAAUAGAGGAAAGAACCCUAACUUACAAGAAGAAGAGAAUGACAACGAAGAAGAUGAAGGCGAUGAAGAAAAAGACGAGAGAGAGAACACACAAGAUCAAAGAAGCAACCAAAACCAAGGAAUCCCACGACCGGAUGGCAACAAACAAGCCAACCCUGCAGGAAAUGAAGAAGAACGAGAGAAGCAAGAAGAUGACGAAAGAAACAGAGAACCAGGAGCAAACCUACGUGGUUUAAGGCAAGCUAGUUAAAAAGGAAAAAUGGCGACGCUGUAAAUUUAACUGAAUUCGCCUUUUGUGUCCAAGAUGCUUUUGUCUAUAUUACCAGGGCAAGUAAGAUUAGUUUCGGUCCCAGAUCCCCACGGUUCUAAGUGAGAGGGCCGUGAGGAUCUAGGACCGAAACGUAUGACGGCUGUGAAGGAGACUAGUAAUAUAGAUACAUUUAAGAAAAUUAAUUUCCCCAGAGUGGUGAUUUGAAAACGAUGGCACAGGUUACAUAUCGAUAUCAGCGUGAUUACUACAUGUUCAUAAUAUAGAAGUUUCCGUAUCUUCGGCAUGAAAUAAAAGAUUGCAUGCACGAGAUAGCAAAAUGAUAUCUAAAAAAAUGUACUGGAAGAACCAAUGGGAAGGAAUAACUUUGACUCAUAUUAUGAAAUGAGUAGUAUGGUAAUUGAGAUUUGAUGUUGAUGGAAAUUCAAAGACGUUUCCAAAUCAGAAUUUUUUUGAAGAGUGUAGAGGCUUGCACCAUCACGUGACAUGUUAGAUGGUACAAUCGUUUUACACGAGAAAGGAUUCAACAGACCCCUUCACACUUCCCUGCGCCAUCUUAAAAGGUAGCCGUGCCUUUGCAUCGAAGCGAGACGAACGGUGAGCAUGCAAUGAUAGAAACAUGUGAAUAAUUGUCCAAGGUGUUAAAAAAGGUCUCUAUCAUUGCAAGCUCACUUUUCGUCUCGCUUCGAUGCAAAGGCACGGCUACCUUUCAAUAUGACGCAGGGAACUGUGAAGGGAACUAUUCCCAACAGCAAAGGGAUGUUAUUGUUCUGCAAACUAACCAGAGGUAGCCCAAGCUGUAUAAUGGGCGCCGGCACGUGAUGGUGCAAAGCCUCUAUUGCUUGUGGUCUUUCUGUAGUCGUAGUUGAUUCUCUGAACGCGGGACCUCCUUAAACCGGCCAGUAGCUGGUGCCACAAACAGUGCUCGAUAAAAGGGGUUUAUGUAACAAAAGUUGGCAUAGAAUUCGAAGAUUAUGGAACACGAUUUUUGAAAAAAAUCUGGUGUAGCAAAAUAUAUAGAAAGAGCACAAAUACAAGCAUAUACAAAUACAAUGUAUUCAGUUCUAAGAGUGUUGUAACAUAUUUCUAAGCUAAAUUGUUAUUUAUUCACGACAUAGUUAAUAGAGGGGUAUGGUUAGGAAACUAUCGUUAUAGGUUAUCGUUCACUUUUUUCAAGCGUGACCGUGCACAAUCCUUUGUUUUACCAUUGUUGGGAACUGCUGAGUGAACAGACCAAAAUCUUUCUUUUGCCUGCUAGUUCAAAAUACUUAAAGAUUUUAAAGAGAUAUUUGAAUAUUCCUUACAAUGAUCCCAUAGACAAAGUUUGUUUGCUUAUUUUGCAAUUUCGGAUGAGCAUAAAUCAAACAUAUUGCACGGUCAAGACCGGUUCAACCCGGCUCACAAGCGAACAGAGACCUGAUAACAAUAGGUUUCCUAACCCUUCCCCUCUAUUAACUAGGUUCACUACCAUUAUCAAAUUAACUAAAUUGGUUUCUAUAAAAAUGAUCUUAGUAUACUUAAACUUCGAGUUCUUUAUUACUCGACAGGCAGGGAUUAGUCUCGACUAGAAUAUUCAAGUGUUCGCAUGAAGGGCCAUGGAAUUUCAAACUGUUUGUAUUAUAAUUGAAGUUUUGCAUUCUUUACUUAACCGUUGGAAUUUGUGAAUUGAUGCGGGUUUUCACGGCGGCCAUGUUGGAGGAACUUAACAAAAAAAUUGUCAAUGAACUCUUUUGUUAUAUCCUCCAACAUGGCCGCCGUGUCUUUUGUUAUUUUAUUCUCUUGGGAAUGAAAACCAUCAAUAUAGACACUGGUUCAAGGCUUACCCCUGAGUAAAUUAGUCUGUAAUCAAGGAACACAGCGGUCAUUUGGAACUCCAAACUCGUCUAUUCUUUAUUACUCAGGCAGUGGUUAACCUCGACUAUGUGUAGAAUAUCCAGCAAUGUGAUGAUUGCCACACAGCCCCCCACCCCCAUCCCCCCUUUUUUUCGUGCUGGAAAUAAUUACUAUUAGGAUAGAACUAUGGUCAGUAACAAUAAGAUAGCUGAAAAAAAGAAUAUUAAAUCUAUUUAUAGGCACAUCAAUUUUUCAGGAAUAAAGUAAAUAAAAGUUAUCUACGUCUAGUUAA